AUGAAGUUCCUUGCUAUCGCUGCUGUUGCUCUAGGUCUCGCUGGCUCUGCCCUAGCCGCCCCACCCCCACCAUGCAAAACACCAGCAGUUUUCACAGUCACAAAAAAACUUUCACCAAUUCACGUCGUCUAUGGGCAGAUUAUUCCAGAGGUCACUAGGGUUCCCUGCGGAGAAGGUUGUCCACUUCAGAUUAUAACUGAAACCGUGACUCACCGCAGUUGGACGGGAUCUCCUAGAAAAACUAUCACUCGUCCGGAAAAAACUACGCUGGUACCGAUGUGCGAGGUUAUUGUCUCCGUUCCUGAACUAGCGGAAGCUACCGAAACUGGCAAGAAGGAUGACUAA